AUGCUUGUGCUAAAGCGGUUUUUGAGCAUCAGGACAGGGGGGACAGCGGGGGUCAGGCUCUCGCCCAGGUGGUCGUUCUGCCCCAAACCCAUUCCUCUGCGGAUUUACAGUAUGUGCCUUCUCCUGCUGCUGCUUCUCAUGCCACGAGUGGACACUUCAUGGUGGUAUAUUGGAACACUAGGGGCACGUGUGAUCUGUAACAACAUCCCUGGGUUAGUGAGUAAGCAGAGGCAGCUGUGCCAGCAUCACCCUGACAUCAUGCAGGCCAUAGGAGAGGGCACCAAGGAGUGGAUCAGGGAGUGCCAGCACCAGUUCAGACACCACCGCUGGAACUGCAGCACUCUGGACCGGGACCACUCUGUGUUCGGGCGCGUCUUACUGCGCAGUAGCCGUGAAGCUGCAUUUGUCUACGCGAUCUCUUCAGCAGGCGUGGUGUAUGCCCUCACUCGUGCCUGCAGCCAGGGAGAGCUCAAGACCUGCAACUGUGAUCCACACAAACGAGGGCGAUCCAGUGAUGACCGAGGCGAGUUCGACUGGGGAGGCUGCAGUGACAAUAUUAACUAUGGAAUAAAAUUUGCAAAAGCUUUUAUUGAUGCAAAAGAGAGGACUGUCAGAGAUGCGCGAGCAGUUAUGAACUUGCACAACAACCGCUGUGGAAGAACAGCAGUGAAGCGCUUCAUGAAGCUGGAGUGCAAAUGUCACGGAGUCAGUGGUUCGUGCACUCUACGGACCUGCUGGAUGGCCAUGUCAGACUUCAGGAAAACCGGCGACUAUUUGAGAAGAAAGUACAAUGGGGCUGUGGAGGUCACCAUGAACCAGGACGGGACGGGGUUUGCGGAGGCCAACAAAGCCUUCCGGAAGGCCACCAAGAAUGACCUAGUGUAUUUCGAGAACUCCCCAGACUACUGCUUACAAGACAAAGCUGCAGGUUCCCUGGGCACAGCUGGCAGAGUAUGCAACAAAACGUCUCGUGGAACCGACGGCUGUGAGGUCAUGUGUUGUGGACGGGGCUAUGACACCACCAGAGUUAAGCAGAUCACCAAGUGUGAGUGCAAGUUCAAAUGGUGCUGCAAUGUGGAGUGCAAGGACUGCGAGGAGGCUGUGGAUAUACACACAUGCAAGGCACCGAAACGAGCCGAGUGGUUGGACCAGACCUGA